AUGGCUACUCCUAGCAAGAAGCUCGUCUGUCUCAUCACAGGCGCAAACCAAGGCCUAGGCUUCGAGGCAGCCAAAGCCCUAGCCACACACUCCCACGGCCCCAACGGCGAAACCUACCACGUCCUGGUGGGCAGCCGCGACCUUGCUAAGGGCCAGAAGGCGGCCGCCGUGAUCACCGCCGCCGCAAGUCCCAGCAAGCCCCUGCUCGGCUCCGUGGAGGCAAUCCAGCUGGACGUCACCGACGCAGCAUCAAUCGCCGCCGCCGCGGCCAAGCUCGAGAAGGACCACGGAUGCCUCGACGCGCUCGUCAACAACGCGGGGACGCUCUCGCAGGACCCGGCGGGCGUGGCAGCCGCGCUGCGGGCGGACCUCGAGGUCAACGUGCUGGGCGCGGCGGCGGUGACGGAGGCGUUCCUGCCGCUGCUGCUGAGGCCGGCGGCGGCGGACCCGCGGCUGGUGUUCGUGUCGAGCUCGAUGGGGUCGCUCGCGGGCGCGGCCGACCCGUCCUCGCGGUACUACCGCUCCGUGCUGGGGACGAGCCCGCUCGAGUACCGGGUCAGCAAGGCGGCGCUGAACAUGCUGAUGCUCGAGUACUGGAAGCGGUACGGGGCGGAGCCGCGGGUUGCUGUUGGCGGGGUCGGGGUUGACACGAAGGUCAGGGUGUGGAGCGCUGACCCGGGCGCGAAUGCCACGGAUUUCAUGGGCGAGGGGAGGGCUGAGCUGGCGAGGCGGAAUGGGAUACAGGGCCCUGAGGUCGGGGCUCAGGUCCUUGUGGGCUGUGUUGUGGGGGAGAGGGAUGGGGAGGAGGGCAAGGUUGUUGGUGCUUAUGGUGUUGGGCCUUGGUGA